AUGGGUGACUUAGAGGUAGAUGAGUUUGAGAACAUAUGGAGCGAUAUUGUGGAAGAGUUUGGGUUGCAAGAAAACCCGUGGAUAGUAGAUAUGUAUGAACGCAAGCAUAUGUGGGCUAAUGCGUAUAUUAGAGGCAAAUUUUUUGCUAGGCUGAAGACGACGUCUCAAUGUGAGGCAUUAAACAUGCAGAUUGGGAAAUUUAUUGGGAACGGAUACAAUCUACGUGAAUUUAUUGAGUAUUUUCAGCACUAUCUCGAGUUCAUGAGAAGAAGAGAGCUAGUCGCCGAUUAUAGAUCUGUGUAUGGGCAACCCAUUGUUAAGUCGAAGUUGGAGGCCUUGGAAAGCUACGCAGCAACAGUAUACACGAAAGAGGUUUUUGAACUAUUCCGGGAGGUCCUCCUUUUGUCCAGCAAUGUAAGAGUUGUAUCUUGCAAGAAAACUAGCACGUGUUCCCUGUUUGAGGUUACCAUGUACUGCCGGUACCGGUCCUGGAGUGUGGCUUGGGAUGAGGUGGAUGAUGAAUUUACUUGCUCAUGCUUGCAUAUGGAAUCAUUUGGCAUUCCUUGUGUGCACAUGGUAGGGGUGUUUGUUUAUCUGAACAUCACUCAACUUCUAGUGAAGACCAUAUGCGAACGAUGGACGAAGAAGGCCAAGCAAGCGGCAGUGGACCCAUCUGGACAGGUAGGCGAGAUUCCUGAUGCUGCGUACAUGAGCAUGCAUGCAGCUUUGCUAAAUGAUUGUAGAGAGUUAAUCAAGUUGGCCUGCCAUAAUGCGUUGAGAGAGAAGCAUCGGUUAAGGGUUGGCAUAGCUAAUUGUGGAGAAAAGGUAUCCGUUCGCGAUCCGUUGCGGGCGAGACAUAAGGGAUGCGGCCGACGAGGGUUAACUGCUAAGGAAAAAACUCGGCGUGUGCAACGUUGCAGUAAGUGUGUGGAGUUCGGAAGCGAAAGGCGCAGGGGCAUGGCCGCAUCGAUGGAGGGUUGGGAGAACACGUCGGCGGCAGAGGAGGGUAACUACACAGAUGAAAUGAAUGUAUUAAUCCCUCCAUUUGCUAGUGCCGUUUGGCGUUUCAGGUUGAUGAAGAUGAAUAUCCCAUUUGAAGAUUGGUUUCUGCAAAUGCAUGAUGUAUAA